AAAAUCAUCAGUCGCUGUCGUGGGAUCAAGGAAUAAAGACGUUGUCGCCGGAUUGGUUGUUGUCGCCGCGCCGCCCGGUGUGUGAGUGCGUGUGGUGGAUCUCGACGAGAAGUUCUCUCGAUGCCGACGCCGCCAACAACGAGAAGCGGCAUUUCUUUUUUGGCUACCAACUAACGGACAACCGACAGCCACGACGACGGACACGGGCAGACCCAAUCCACACCGUUGAUUGCUGGUGGCGCGUCAGUCAACAUUUUGCGGUCCCAGUCGACGGUUGGCGCGCGGUGGUCAGAGCCCUCGGCUUCAAAUCGAUAUUUCCGGACGGAUUGGAGACGACAAAAUUGGCGCUGGUCAUGGUUCAGUCCGGUCGUUGGGUGCUCUCCGGUGACGACGAGUGUUGUUUAUGGUUUGGCACGAUGGGCUAAUGUGCUGCCAUGUGAAAAAGGGGAAAAUUCUUGCGCGACGAGCGACAUAAAACGAAAUUGGUUCUUCCGGUCGUUUAGAGCAGUCGUCAGUUCUAAGAAAGUAAAGACGCCGUACUAAGUGAUCGAUCAUACGAAAUUGCGGUGAUUUGAGCAGUUGAAGUAAGCUAUUUACUAGAAUAUAGAACGUGAUUUCCGAGUAGAGAAGUGCAAAUGUGAGUUAAGAUAAAUCAGCGGUAGUCAGUGCAUCUGAAAAUCCAGCUCGGCAGCAACAUUUUAGAUUGUGCUGGCUGAUUGUUAUCAUCGCUGUAGUUGCAUAUAAAACAAGAUAUUUGGUUCAACAAACAGUGAUGCUGGAAGCAGUUGAAUGUGAAUAAGCAGAUUUAAACAACAAAGUGUCAUAAAGUAGUUGAUCGACUUUCAGGAAGAAACGGAUUUUUUCAACAUAGUAAAGAGUGAUUGCUGUAAUAAAAAGUCACAAACAUUAUUUUAAAAAUGGAUUGCUGCUACCCAGUCGGCACCUGUUGCAUGCCAAUAAAAUUCACCCCCUAAGGCAGUAGUACACUGUUCGUACUGUUCGAGCCGUGGUAUGGAACAAUGCUGUCACUCCUUGCCUGGGCAUAUAUUCGCCAGUGCGCCACACAUCAUCAGAGCUACGAUUCCUUGCCCGAGCAACAUUCCGGUCUCAGUGGACCAUUGCAGCAGCACGACGACCUCGACGAACGCGGAUCCCACUUUGGCACCCACCAUGACGCUACCGUGCAAGGCACCCGAAACUAUCAACAUCGCCAUAACGACGCCGCCACCGCUGGUCGGAGAGUGAAUCUGACCUCUUUCCGUGAUAUCCCGCUGAGUGCUCGACUAGGUGUCAAACGAACUGCUGUGGACUUGGGCGGGGUUGGGGUCGUAAAUCUUAAUCACUGCUGUGUCACCACCAACGGGAGCCGUCCUUCUAUUAUGCGAUUUGGUGAUAACGGCAGCAAUUUGUUGAUAACCGAACCAAGUGUUAUCGUCGAAGUGAGUAGCAGGGGGGGCACUUCCGGUGGUCAGGUGAUUCUGGUGGAUCGAGUCGCCGCCACCGGUGCUAGCGAGACAAACAUUAACGACAGUGUGGUGGGUGUAGUUGGACAUCCUUCCGGUGCCGGUGGGGCAGAGGAUGCGUUUAGUAUGAACAUCACUCCGGCACUUUCGCAGGUUUUAUUAGCGCCAACCUCGGCGAGCGGUACCGGAGCCAUCAUAUCGGUUGCGUCUGCCACGGCCACCAAAGUCGGCACGGCCAACGAUAACGUGACGAGUGAGGAGAUAAAUUCUUUUUAUUUUUAUGAGACUGAACAAUUCGCAGUAUUAUGGGCACUUUUCACCGUGAUUGUGCUGGGGAACUCGGCCGUGCUGGUCACGCUGCUACUGAACAAAAACCGAAAAUCAAGAAUGAACUUCUUCAUCAAACAAUUGGCGAUUGCAGAUUUAUGCGUGGGUUUGCUCAGCGUCCUGACGGAUAUUAUUUGGCGGAUGACGGUAUCCUGGAAGGCCGGAAACGUUGCUUGCAAGGCCAUUCGCUUCGCCCAAGCCAGCGUAACAUACGCGUCCACAUAUGUCCUGGUGGCUCUCAGCAUCGACCGAUACGAUGCCAUCACGCAUCCGAUGAACUUCUCCGGUUGCUGGCAUCGCGCGCGACGAUUGGUAGCAGCAGCGUGGAGUUUAAGUGCUCUCUUCUCACUUCCAAUUUUCUAUCUCUAUCAAGAGAAAUCCAUACAGGGAAGGAAGCAGUGCUGGAUUGACCUGGGCGAGGCCUGGCGGUGGCAAGUGUACAUGUGCUGGGUGGCCAGUUCCCUCUUUGUCCUGCCAGCACUGAUCAUCUCAGCAUGUUAUGCAAUCAUCGUCAAGACAAUUUGGGCCAAGGGAGCAAUUAUGGGACCAAUCGAUCGAACCCGAAAUGGAAUUGCAGAUUUGGCUAGCAGACGAGCGAGCUCCAGGGGCAUCAUUCCAAAGGCAAAAGUAAAAACAGUCAAGAUGACUAUUGUGAUAGUGAUAGUAUUCGUCCUCUGCUGGUCGCCGUACAUCGUGUUCGACCUGUUGCAAGUAUUUGGGCAGAUUCCGGACACGCAAACCAAUAUUGCGAUUGCAACGUUUAUCCAAAGCCUGGCGCCGCUCAAUUCGGCUGCCAACCCACUCAUCUACUGUCUCUUCUCGACGCAAGUGUGUCGAAUGAUAAAACGACUUCCCCCAUUCCGGUGGCUGCUAGCGUCCGAAUGGUGCUGUAAAAACCCGGACGGCCCCGGAGGCCGCGGUCAGCUGCGCAACGGGAUGGCGCUGAACGGGGGCCAACGGCUGCAGAACAACAACAGCAGCGACUCGAUGAGAACGUUGACCACCUCGCUGACGGUCUCACAGCGGUCCUGCAUCAGGCCAUCGCGGGUCGUCAUCGUCGAGCGACCGAAGGCAGCCCUCGCCAUGUCCGAAGUUUGAAACCUCCACCUCCUCCUAUUUAUUGCUGUCAUUGUAUUAUAUGGCGGUGGUGUCGCCGCAGCAAUUGUACUGUCUAAUAGAGUUUAAGUAUUUAUUGACGUGUAAAUAGAAAAACUUUGGCUGACUGCCGUAAUGCUCGGCGAAGACUGGUUCGGAAAGUGGCCGUACGGUUCAAGUAGUGUAUUCAUCAGUAUGAGAUCUAAUCAAGAAUGUUUAGGAGAGGAUAGCUUUGAAUAUGCUGUUUAAUAAAGAUACGGAAAAAUCAUCACAAAGUGAUAGGCUAUGGUUUGAACUGAUUUAUAGAUUGUAACAGAAUGAAAUAAAUUAAACGAAUGUUUUGUAUUCCUAGUCUUAAAUAGAUUCUUCUCACUGAAUUAUGAAUAGAACAUGAAAGUAUUUGUUACAUAGAAGCUAUAAAAAGAAAAAAAAAAGUGAUGAAUUAUUAUUGUGUAGAUGUAUUUAUUGCUGAUGUAAAACAAGUAAGACCGUAUUUUUUGUACAUAAAUUUUACAACGAUGGUUCGAAAUAGUUGAAUUUCGAGUGUCUGUUCGGAAAUUUGGAAGAUGUUUUUGAUUCUGUUUUCGAUGGCUUGUUCAACAUCAGCUAACCAUGCAGCAAUUUAAUAUAAUGCGUCGGCUUAGGAAACAUCUAAUCGAACUAAAAGUU